CACUACUCUAGCUGGGAACGAACUAGAGGAUCGGAAAAUGGCGGACCUUGAAGACGUUACGCUGGACGGGAGACCGCUAAACUCUCUUCGGGUGGCGGACUUAAAAGCUGCUCUCGAGGAACGAGGACUCUCUAAAAGUGGACCGAAAAAUGCACUCGUCAAAAGACUCAAAGGGGCCCUCAUGCUGGAGAACCUCCAGCGCACCUCCACCCCUCACAGUGGACUGCAGCCCAACUCCCAGAUCGGGGAGGAGAUGAGCCAGAACAGCUUCAUCAAGCAGUACCUCGCCAAGCAGCAAGAGCUCCUCCGACAGCGCCUUGAGAGGGAGGCCAGGGAAGCUGGGGACCCCGAAGAACCCGAAGAAAACACAAGCGUCAACAACAGCGCUCCGUGUCCUGCUCCCUCCCAGGAGGCAGUGCCAGCGCCUGUCGAACACCACAAGCCCCUCGGCCCCGCGGACGGCGAGGGGCUGGCCGGCCCCGCCCACCAGGAGGCGAACAUGUCUGGUCAGCCCGCCGGCCCCGUCCCCAGCGCCGUGUCCACGCACAGCGCCGCCGCGGAGCGCGCCCCCCCGUCUGGGCAGGCCGCGGCCGACAGCGACGACGACGACAGUGACGACGGCGACGACGACGACGCGGACGAAGAGGCGUGGGGCGAGCGGAGGCGGGGCCCCGGGGAGCCCACCAGGAGGACGGCGGCACGGAGGUCGGCGGCCAGAGAGCGCUCGGAGGCGUCCCGCCAGCCGCCUCAGCACAUCCCCUCCCUCCUCUCCCCGCAGCUCCGCCAGCCCACGCCGCCGCCCUCCCCUCCCCCGGAGCUGUCCUACCCGCUGCCCGACACCCCCAAACAAAGCCCCCCGAGCCCGGACGAGGCCCCCGCCCGCCAGCGCGCCUCCAGCAGCUCCAGCUCCGGGUCGUCCAGCAGCCGCAGCAGCAGCCCGGAGCCCCAGAGCAGAGAGCGGAAGCCCCCCGGGCCCCUCACCCUGCUGGCCCGCAAAAUGGCGUCCGAGGGGGCCUUCUCGGGCGCCGGGUGGCAUGGUGCCGCCGGAGAGCCCACGGACAACGGUGCCGCCGCAGCAUUAGCCCAACCCUUCACCGCCAUCACGCACACGGCCAACACUGCGGCCGCCAUCGCCAGCGUCUCCUUUCCCAUGAUCCCCGGCGGCAUGCAGGGGGUACACGGAGGCCUCGGCAGCCAGGGCCCAGUGGGCGUGCUCCGCGCCACGGCGGCGGAAGACAGGGAGGUGCUGCUGGAGAGGGAGAAGGCCCUGGAGAUGGAGAGACGAGAGAGGCAGAGGAUGGUGGAGGAAGAGCAGGAGAGGGAGAAGGCGUUGGAGCGGGAGAGGAUAGAGCGACAGAGGGCCUUGCAGCGGGAGGAGCAGGAGAGGGCCCUGCAGAGGGAGCGGGAGCUGGCCCUGGAGCGGGAGAGACAGGAGAGGGAUCUUGCUCUGGAGCGCGAGAGACUGGAGAGAGAGUUGGCACUUGCCAAAGAGAGGGAGGAACGAGAGAGGGCCCUUCAACUGGAGAAGCUGGAGCUGGAGCGGGCCGCUCGGCGGGAAAGAGAGGAGAGAGAGAGGGCUUUGCAGAGGGAAAGAGAGGAGAGGGAAAGGGCUCAGGAGCUCGCUAGGGAGAGGGAAGAGAAGGAGAGGAUCGAGAGGGAGAGAUUUGUGGAACAACAGCGGUUAGAGAGAGAGCAGGCCCUGGCCCGGGAGAGGGAAGAGAUGGAGAGGCUGGAGAGAGAACGGGCCUUGGAGCAGGAGAGACUACAGAGGGAGCGAGCGCUGGAGCAGGAGCGUCUGCUACGAGAGAAGGAGGAAGCAGAGAGGAUGGAGAGACAGAAUGCUCUAGAGCAGCAACGGAUGGAGAGAGAGAAGGCACAGGAGCAGCAACGGAUGGAGAGAGAGAAGGCCCUGGAGCAGCAACGGGUGGAGAGAGAGAAGGCCCUGGAGCAGCAACUGAUUGAGAGAGAGAAGGCCCUGGAGCAGCAACGGAUGGAGAGAGAGAAGGCACAGGAGCAGCAACGGAUGGAGAAAGAGAAAGCACAGGAGCGGGAGGAGAAGGAGAGGGCAGAGAGAGAGGCAGCACGCGAACGAGAGAGGAUGGAGAAGGCAGAGCUGGAGAGGAAACGCGCAGAAGAGCAGGAGAGGGUGGAGCGAGAGAGAGCCGAGACCCUCCAGAGGGAGAGGGAGAGAGCCCUGGAGAAGGAGCGUGAGGAGAAGGAGAGGGCCCUAAAGCAGGAGAGGGAGAGGGAGGAGAAGGAGAGAGUGCUAAAGAAAGAGCGGGAGGAGAGGGCCCUCAAGGAACAGAAUGAGAGGGAGGAGAGGGAAAGGGCGCUUAAGAAAGAGAGGGAGGAGAGGGCUCUCAAGGAGGAGAAGGAGAGGGAGGAGAAGGAGAGAGUGCAAAAGAAAGAGAGGGAGGAGAGGGAAGAGAGGGACAGAGUCCUAAAGAAGGAGAGAGAGGAGAAGGAGAGGGUCCUAAAGAAAGAGAGGGAGGAGGAGGAGAGUGCGCUGAACAAGAAGCAAGAGGAGAAGGAGAGGGAGGAGAAAAAAAAUACCCUGGAACAUGAAAGACGGGAGAAGGAGGCGCAGGAGCAGCGAGACAAGGCUAAGAUGGCCAACAGGGAGAGGGAAAGUCACCUCCCUCCAUCCAAGCGCGGCCGGGACAUUGGUCUGAACCUCCUGACCACUCCGCCGCAGAUCUCCGUGGGAGCAGCCAGCAAGGUGGACCAGCCCGAGUCCAUGGAGUCCCAGGCGCCCGGUGGAACAGGCCCAGGGGAGCAUUCAGAACUAGCCACCCCUCUGUCGCCCCAGUCCUCCGUGAAGAAGUUCCGCUUCCUGCGGGACACUCCGGCACAGCCCCCGGCCGCGUCCUCCGGCUCCGUGGCCAUAAAGCGGCCCCGCACCUUCUCAGACACCCCGCCGGCCCAGGGCUCCCCCAUCACCUCCCCGACCAAGGCGCGGCCCUGGGCCGACAAAGAAGGGCCCGCCCUCCCGCCAGCGGCCCCAGUGGACGGGCCCAAGCCAGAGUCUGCAGACCGACCCCCAGUUGCCCAAGAGCCCCCCAAGAAAGAGGCAGAGCAAGACAGGGCCCCCUCCGUCCCGAAGGUGGCAGCCCCGCAGGGAGAAGGGGAGAAGGAGAAACCCAAACGCCAGAGGAAGAGGUCCUCCUCCAGCGACUCCUCCUCUUCGGACUCUGGGUCGUCCUCGUCUGGGUCCUCCAGCUCGUCUUCGUCAUCGCGGGGAAAGAGUCAGGAGAAGAAGGCCCAGCGCAAGGCGUCUCCUAAGCGCAGGGCGGAUGGUGGUCCUCAAGCCAAUGAAACGACUAGAGCCUCCCUCACCAAAGCAGAAGGGGGCGGGUCUGGUGUCAAGCUGCACAUCGGGAAAGCUGUGGUUGGACCACCUGCCGAGGACCAGAAGACCCCAGCAGCGACAAAGGAGGGAGAGAAAUCAGAGCAGAAAGACAAGCCAAGGGACCUGAAGGAGAGUAGCAUGGCGGAGGCUGAGCUUGUCCAAGAGACCAACGAUGAGACUCCCAAGGCCUUCUCUGCCCGGAGGAUCUCCCUCAGCACAGGCAGCAAGGUGUCCCCGGGGCCCACGUCAGCCGACGGCGAUGGGGACUCUGGAGCCGCGCGCAAGAGGAGGUGGGGCUCCAGCACAGCGGUCACGGCCAAGAAGCCCUCCAUCAGCAUCACCACGGAGUCCCUCAAGUCUCUGAUCCCGGACAUGAAGCCCGGGGCUGGGCAGGAUGCGGUGGUGGACCUCCACCCAGAGGAAGCUGUCCUCUCCGGGGCCGAGGAGGAGAUGGAGGAGGAGGAGAGGGAGCAGCCCGACCAGGACCUCCAGAUCCGACGCACCGUCACUCAGGUUCGAGAUCCAGGCUUUCAGAGCGGAACCCGGCCGGUUGUCCCGCUGGAGAGCCAGGAGAACGGGCAGAAGGAGGCGAAGAGGAGUCGACGGGAGGAGACCCAGGAGAAGGAGGUCCAGAAGGGAGGCAAGGACCGGACGAAAACCCCUGAGGAGAAGACGGACGUCUCCAUCUCUGGCAUCAUGGAGACUCAGUCGCCAACUCACACCAGCCCUGAUGUGGAAAUGAACACUGUGACCCCCAGCGGCGACGCCCCGGUCCGCCGCUCCAUCAGCCAGCAGAGGUCAGGGGUCACCAUCACCAUCGACGACCCCGUGCGGUCGGCCCGCCAGCCUUCACCGCCGCGCAGCAAGGUGUCCAGCAUCGUGCACGUAUCCAAUUUGGUGAGGCCCUUCACCCUGGGCCAGCUGAAGGAGCUGCUGGGCAGGACAGGGACCCUGCUGGACACAGGCUUCUGGAUCGACAAGAUCAAGUCUCACUGCUACGUCACCUACUCCAGCCCAGACGAGGCGGUGGCCACCAGGACAGCCCUGCACGGGGUCAAGUGGCCUCAGAGCAACCCCAAGGUCCUCAGCGUGGAGUUCUGCCAGCAGGACGAGCUGGAAUUCCACAAGAACCUGGGGGUGGGCGUGAAGCCCGGCGCCGAGGACCAGGCGUCCGCGCCGGGCCGCCAGUGCCCGCCCUCGCUGCUGCCGGAGCGCGAGCAGUGGGCGGAGCGCGAGCGGGAGAUGGCACGGCGGGAGCAGGCGCGCACGGAGCGCGAGUGGGACCGCGACAAGGUGCGGGAGUUCGGCCCCGCCGGCGAGGAGAAGACCGCCGGGCCGCGGCGCUCGCGCUCCAGGGAGCGGAAACGCAAGGAGCGGGGGAAGAGCAAGGAGAGGAAGAACGACAAGAAAGCAGAGAAAGCCGCAGAGGACCCCCCUGCCAAGCUGCUUGACGACCUGUUCCAGAAGACCAAGGCAGCGCCCUGUAUAUACUGGCUUCCCCUCACCGAGGAAACGUUCGCCCUGCGGGAGGCGGCCAACGCAGAGCGCGCCAAGGAGCGGGAGCGGAACCGCAAGGAGCAGGACGAGGAGGAGGAGAAGAAGCGGAAGGAGGAGGAGCAGCAGCGGAAGGAGCGGGUGAAGGCGGGCAGCGGGCCGCCGGCCGAGCGGGCGCCGCGGGGCGAGGGAGACAAGGACCGAGACGGGGAGAGAGAGAGGGAGCGGGACCGCGGGAGGGACAGAGGGGAGCGGGACGGGAACAAACGCAGGGAGGCGUCGCGUAGGCCGGGGGCUGGCGGCAGCGCUGGUGGCGGCGGAGGUGGCGGCGGCGGAGGUGGCGGCAGCGGCAAUGCAGGCAGGGGCCGGCGCUCCCAUAGCCGUAGCAACCCGCGGGAGCGGCGGCGCUAAGAGCCGACCGUGGGAUGGACCCGUCUCAAAGAACGCCUCCUCUAACCUUACCCGCACCCACCCACCCACCCCAUCGCUUUGUUUUCCGUCUGUCACUAAAUGUACGUCUCGGUCACGUGACCGAGACCCGACAUGAGGACCAACCGAUAGUCUCCGUACCCCCCCCCCCCUCCCCAGCCCCUUUGUUUUCCAGCCCUGUGUUUAUCGCCGGACCACAGCCUCCGCUCCGAGUGCUGUGUGUGACGCUCCUCUUGGGCUUUUUAUAUAUUUUGUCAAUUUGCCUCUGUCUUUUUCUUUGUCAUUGUUGGGGUCUUCUUUUGGUCUCGAAGGUAUAGCCACGACUAAGCUACAUACUUCAGGUAACAAUCCCCCCCGCCCGCCGAGAAGUGCAGUAGUUCCCCCAAACACGAAUCUCCAUCCAUCCAUGUCUUUGCCACCGCCAGUGUUUAGAAGCAGCCAGGAGGCUGUGGUGUUGCUGCAUGUUGGGUCCCCAAGGACCCGAUCCCGACCCUCUGGCGCGCGUGUGUGUGCGCGUGUGUGCGUGUGUGCGUGUGUGUGUGUGCGUGUGUGUGUGUGUGUGUGUAGGCUGCUCUAGGGAGGCCUCCCCAUCGGUUGAUAAACUAGUAGGCAGUCCAGUGUCCCUGCUUUGUGACCCGGGGGGCCGGAGGACACAAGGCGCUACGAUGUCCCGAAUAAUCUUUUUUUUAUUUUUUAAAUAUAUUAAUCUAUUCUCUUCCUCCAUCCUUUUUGACUUCACUCCCUCCUGAUUCUCUCGCUCCUCGCUGAGUCGCCAUGAAUACCGGGACAGGAGACCCCGUUAUACAUUAUAAUUUUUUUUUUCACCAGUGGAUUUAAUGUUGCUUUAUGAAUCAUUUUAUCAUUUACGUUGAAAAUGUUUUUCUUCUCUUUUUUUGUCUUUUGCUUUGAGUACGCCUGUAAGUGGUGAAUGUACAAAAAAAUAAACUGAAAUUUGAAAUGA